AUGUCGCAAGGCGAUGUGGCUAGGCACAAAGGUGCUGAAGGCGACACAAAGCUUGCAUGUUGCAAGGCGAUGUGGCUAGGCACGGGGGUGCCGAAGGCGACACAAAACUUGCAUUGGAUGGCGGCGGGAUACCGAAGGCAACGCGCGCACCGAAUGAUGAUAAGGUGCCGAAGGGCACGGAAAAAGGGGAGAACGACAAAAGCCUUUUGUGUCGAUUCCCACAGACGGCACCAAACUAUUGAUGCUCUUUUUCGGAGAGGGUCAACUUAG